AUGGUCAGUGCAACACAUGAUAGAGAAACUGUUACAGAAUGGUUGAAAUGUCUUAAAGAUCUAAUAAUUGCAAAAGAUCCAAGUAUCUGGCCGCCUUUCAAAAAUGUUGUAACUGAUUUCAGUUGGGCUUUUAUGCAUGGUAUUUCUAAAGCAUGGAAUGGUAAAGAAACAAUAUUUGAAUACCUGGAUAUGUGUCAUCGAAUAUUAACCGGAAGAGAAACAUUGUCUUAUAGCACAGUAGUUAUUACUUCUUGUACAAACCAUUAUGUAAAAAAUAUUCUGAACCAUGUUAAACAUUAUUAUCCAGAUGAUAAAAAAACAGCAUUUUAUAUAGCCAGAUGUGUUGGGUUAGUGUUUGAAAUGAACAAUUAUGAAGAAAUCAAACAUUGGUUUAAGUUGCUGUCGACUAUGAUCUUGUCAGACAAGUCAACGGAAAUGUGCAAGUAUGGAAAUGAAAUCAUACCUACGAACGAACAAUGGAUUAUUUGA